AUGGCUACAGAAGCGAGAGCGAAGUUCCAAAAUCCAGAUUACCGGCCCGAUUUUCACACCUUGACGCCGUCAACUCACGACGGUCUUCACUUCUGGCAGUUAAUGAUUGCCGGAUCCGUCGCCGGUUGCAUCGAACACAUGGCCAUGUUUCCAGUCGACACCGUUAAAACUCACAUGCAAGCAAUCACUUCUUGUCCGAUUAAAUCCGUUUCCGUCCGUCAAGCCGUCCGUUCGAUUCUCCAAACGGAAGGUCCGUCGGCGUUAUACCGCGGCAUCGGCGCAAUGGGGCUCGGCGCGGGGCCGGCACACGCCGUUUAUUUCUCGGUUUAUGAGACUUGUAAAAAGAAAUUCUCGCAAGGGAACCCUAAUAAUUCGGUAGCUCAUGCUGCUUCGGGUGUUUGUGCUACGGUUGCGAGUGACGCGGUGUUUACGCCGAUGGAUAUGGUGAAACAGAGGUUGCAGUUGAGUAAGAGUGCUUAUAAGGGGGUUUUUGAUUGUGUGAAGAGGGUUUUGAGUGAGGAGGGGUUUGGGGCUUUUUAUGCUUCGUAUAGGACUACGGUUUUGAUGAAUGCACCUUUUACGGCUGUGCAUUUUGCUACUUAUGAGGCGGCGAAACGGGGGUUGAAUGAGGUUUCACCGGACAGUGCGGAUGAUGAACGGUUGAUUGUUCAUGCUACGGCUGGGGCGGCUGCUGGUGGUUUGGCUGCUGCUGUUACAACACCGCUUGAUGUUGUUAAAACUCAACUGCAAUGUCAGGGUGUGUGUGGAUGUGAUAGGUUCAAAAACGGUUCAAUUGGGGGUGUUAUUAAAACAAUAGUGAAAAAAGAUGGACCCAGAGGGCUCAUGCGAGGCUGGGUUCCAAGGAUGCUCUUUCAUGCUCCUGCAGCUGCUAUUUGCUGGUCAACAUAUGAAGCUGGAAAGUCCUUUUUCCAAGAUUACAAUGAGCAGAAAGAUAGCGGAACCGUCACCUAA